AUGUUUUGCAGCAACUUUUGCUAUAGAGCAUCCAAAUAUUUUGAGGCACAAGUUCCCAAGAGUCCUCUUUGGAUUCGUGAAGAAGAAAAGCCACCACAUUUUAAACUGCUUAAAGAAGGCAUAUGUGGCCAUUCUGGGAAACAGGUAAAAUUACUUGAUGACCCCAUUAAAAUUACAGACAUUGAAAGUCCAGAAGUGCAGCAAGUGCAGAACGUAUCUGAGUCUUCUGAUAGUGAUUCUGAUAGCCACGAUACUGAGCAGGAGUUUGUGUCAACAUUUGUACCAGCUCAGUCACAGACUAAACAAGUGGAGGCAGCAGCUGCUGCAAAGCAUGAACUGAGUAAGGUGCAGAAGAAAGGCGAACAAAGUGAAACAAACCAUUGGGAGAAUAAAACUGAAGGACAUUUGAGCAUGUGUAAAGUUAAUGCUUCUGAAAAUUCAUAUAUAAAAAAUACAAGUCCCAAUCAAUGUCUGCAGUCUGAUCAAGCUUGUUUAUUGCAAGAACAUCGAGCAAUGAUAAGUGCAUAUCAUGAUUCAACUGACAGUAGUAUAUUGCACUUUACUUCAAGGGGUGUUAGCAAAAGAGGUGCAGAACAUCUGAAGAAACUACUGGCAAAAUCUAAACCAUCAGUUACAUUAGCUGUGCCUAAGAAACUGGACAUUGAUGUAACGGUUAUUAAAAACAGAGUGCUGUCCAUACUUAAAGAAACAUUAUCUGAAUGGAGAACUGACGACACUUUAAGAUAUCUUUAUGGCUCCCUGUACAGGACUGCUGCUCAAGAGGGUACUCAGUCACUAACUGGUAAAAAAGAGCCUAAACUCAACAAAGAUCUUGCAGACUCUUUGGAUACACUGACUGUCAAAAUUUGUGAUACAUAUUCUGGGGCAACUUCAGAAAAUAGCUUGGAUCACUCUUUACCUUUCAGUGGGUCAGCAGUGAAACCUCUGCCAAAAUAUGAACAGUUAAAAUUAGAAUCUGAAAUGAUGCAGCUCAGAAUAAGUGAGUUCUUCAAAGGACAUUAUAUUUUGCCUGAAGAAGUAGUUGACAAAUUUGAAGAAUGUCAAACAGAAGAGGUUGACAGUCAGGUGGAGCCCACAUUACCCUUGGUAGAUUCCAAGUCGCAAAAUCAGUUACGGAAACGGAUUGUUAUAGAGAAGUUGAAAAAAGUAUUGCCAGGUAUUCUUGGUCCUAUGCAACUCUCAAUGCAUGAUAUUUCCUGUGAGCUGUAUAAUCUCGUUCACACUUUCAGGCUAACAAGUAAGAACAUUAUUCAUAACUCUCCUGAAUGGUCCGUGAUCGCGCUUGUGCUUCUUUCUGUGUUGUCACCACACAUCCCCCUAAUUGAAGAUUCACUGAAGAGCCAAAAAUCUUUGGAGAUGAUUUCUUCUUGUUUGAAAGAACUACAGUUUCAAGCAGAAGAUCUUGAAACCUUGAAGAAUGUCUUCAGUUGUGAUAGCAGCUAAGCCAAAAAUAAAAUUAAAAUACUUUUCAUAAAGUUGUUUUGCCAGUAAUACAUUACAGCUCUGUGAAGUUUAUUUGUAAAUAAAAACUAGUUCUGUUACUGUA